AUCCAGGAGACCACAUUACAUUUAGUCAUCAUGUCUCCUUAGGAUUCUCUUGGUUGUGACAGUUUCUCAGACUUUCCUUGUUUUUGAUGACCUUGACAGUUUUGAGGAGUGCUGGUCAGGAUCUGAGGAGUACAGGUUGGUUCUCCUAGGUGGACAAAAGCAGUUGUUUACAUAACAGGAAAUGGCAGAAACUGAGGAUUUUGUGGGCCAGGAGCCACAUCCAGCUGACGACGAUUUAUUUAAAGAACCGAUGAAAAAAAGAAGACGAUCUGAUCGAGACCAACGGUUCCGAGCAUUUCCCUCCGUGGAACAAAGUGCUCUUAAGGAAUAUGAAAAAUUGGAGUCACGGACAAGAAGGGUUUUAAGCAACACUUACCAGAAACUUAUUCAGUCUGUCUUCCUGGAUGACAGCAUUCCUAAUGGAGUCAAGUAUCUCAUAAACAGGCUUCUUACCUUAAUUGAAAAACCGUCAUUGGAUCCAAUCUACAUUGGAUUAUUUGGAAGCACUGGGGCUGGGAAGAGCUCUUUGAUCAAUGCCAUCAUCCAGCAAGCAAUGUUUCUACCAGUGUCUGGAGAAAGUAUAUGUACUUCAUGUAUUGUACAAGUGAGGUCAGGCUGCUGUGAGCAGUAUGAGGCCAAAAUCCACCUUCUCUCUGACCAGGAGUGGAAGGAGGAGCUGAAGAACUUGACUAAACUCCUGCACAGGACAGAGGAGCUGGGCGGAGAAGAGGUGGAUGCAUGGGACAGGGAUGACGCAAUGGAGGAAGCCAUCUGGAAGCUGCAAAUACUUUACGGAAAUGGAGCAGAAAAGAAGAACUAUGAGGAGUUACUAAGGGCAAAGCCCAAAGGAAAGAUUCCCACCUCUAGAAUCAUCACCCUCAAGGCAGAAGAGGCAGGAGAGCUGUCUGUCAAACUGGACCCUUACAUCCGGACUAAGAGGAGAGACUGGCAAGGAGAAUCAGCGGAGACACAAAUCUGGCCCCUGAUCAAACAUGUGGAAGUGACGCUUCCCAAAUCAGAGCUGAUUCCAGAAGGGGUUGUGCUGGUGGACAUUCCAGGCACAGGGGACUUCAACAGCAAGAGGGAUGAGAUGUGGAAAAAGACCAUUGAUAAAUGCUCAGUGAUCUGGGUGAUCAGUGACAUUGAAAGAGUUUCUGGAGGGAGAACCCACGAAGACCUUCUGAAUGAGAGCAUCAAAGCCUGCCAACGGGGUUUCUGCAGGGACAUUGCCCUGGUGGUCACCAAGACCGACAAACUCUACUUGCCGGAAUAUCUAAGGGAAAGAAAAGUAGUAAAUCAAGCUAUUCAAAGUCAGCGAGAGGCUGUUUUAGAAAGAAAUGAAAUGAUAAAAAUACAAAGGAAUAGAAUUCUCAAGGAAAAACUAAAGAGAAAACUGCCGGCUGACUGCAAGGUUCUGGAAGCCUCAAAUCUGGUGUACACAGUCAGCGCCCAGGAGUACUGGCAGCAGGCUCUCCUCACGGAGGAGGAAACUGAAAUCCCCAAGUUAAGAGAAUAUAUCAGGAAAAGGCUCUUGGACAAGAAGAGGAGGAUGGUGACCAAGUAUGUCACAGAAGCCUUUGGCCUAUUGCUUCUCACAGACAGUUUCAGCUGCACAGACAACCUGCCGAAUGAAUACUUGCACAUGAGUGGCCUGCGGGGAUUUGUGGAAGAGAAGAUACAGCUGCUGGAGAAGGCCAUCGACCAGUGCUUUGCCCCCAUACUGCAGCCCCUGCAAGAAGGGAUCAGAAACGCCAGGACUUCCUAUCGACGGAUCCUCGGGGCGUGCCUGGUGAGGAGUAGAGGGAACCAGGGUUUUCACCAGACGCUGAAAGCUGUUUGCUUGAAAAACGGCAUCUACGCCUCCAGGACUCUGGCAAGAAUAGAUCUGAACGCAGCCAUCACUCAGCCCAUCUAUGACCAGAUUGAUCCCGUUUUUGGAGGCAUUUUUAGGGCUGGAACACCCACCAAUUCCGCUUUGAUGCCUCACAUAGAUGCUUUUAAGCACUCUCUGCAGGAGAAAAUGAUGGAAAUUGGGAUAAGGAAUGGAUGGAAACAUGAUAGCUACAAAAAAAGUUUCCUGAUCCAAGAGAUAAGCGCCAUCCUGGGAGGCCUGGAGGAACACAUCCUCAGAAAGAAGAGGAAAAUCUAUGAGUCUCUCACUACCUCCGUUCAGAAUGACCUGAAGCCCUGUUAUGAAGAGGCAGCUCAGAUCACUGGCAAAAAAGCAUGCGAGAGGAUGAAAGACAUCAUCAGAAGAGGGGUGGACCGGCAGGUGGCUGAGGGCAUGUUUGAAAGGGCUCAAGAAAGGAUGCAGCACCAGUUUCAGCAGCUGAAGAAUGGAAUCACGGAGAAGGUGAAGGGCAGUAUCGCCACCAUGCUGACCCUUGCUUCAUCCCAGGGGGAUGGUCUCUACAAGGAGCUUGCAGACGUCAAAAGUGAAUACAAGGAGAUGGAAAAGCUACACAGAAGCCUGAGAGAGGUUGCUGAGAAUGCAGUGCUACGGCAGGGCAUGCAAGAUUUCCUCCUGAGAAUGUCCCCCAGCAAAGCUGGGCCCCCCAGAACAUAAAUCUAUUUUUUGGAGCUUAGCAUCAAGUGGAUGAGAAACAAGCUUGGAGCCAAAUAAUCAGAAUUACUUCUGUCUUGAAAAAUCUAAUAAAGAACAUCUCCCAACUGUCUGAGCUUUAUACACAGUAUAAAACUCAAUAGAUUGUUACUUCGGACAUAAGCAGAUUACGGAGCAACAUCAAUUCAUUUUUUUUUUAUUCUAUAGCCAAAAAGAGUCAUCUUGAACCCAAAUGCAGUUCUAAAGCUUUAGGGACAAGAAACUUGUACUUCACCAAGGAAAGAUAUCUAAACCUAAAUAUUAUUGGAAAAAACAAUUGCAAAAGAAAGCUUUAGAGACCCAAUUCUAUUUCCCACCUUAAUACUGAUGAGACGUUCGGGUAAGGAGGUGGCCUUGUGCUGUGCAAACAGCAUGGGUUUAAGAGCCAGCUGAACAAGAGACCUGGCUUUAUCACUUCUCAGGAGUGCUAAUUCAGACUGGUACUUCUGAAACAUUUUGAUCUCGGGACCUUAUACUCUUAAAAAUUAUUAAGGAUUCUAAAGAGAUUUUGUUAUGUGGGUUAUACCUAUUGAUAUUUACGUAUUCGAAAUGAAAACUGAGGAAAAUUGUAAAUAAUUAUUUAUUAGUUCAUUUAAAAGUCUAAAUAAUUAACCCAUUACAUGUGAAUAUAAAUAACAUAUUUUUAUGAAAAAAACUUUUCAAAAAAUUUUAGUGAGAAGAGUGACAUUACUUCACACUUCUGCCAAUCUCUUUAUUCUCUGGCCUAAUAGAAGACAGCUGGACUCUCUAAUCUGUUUCUGCAUUCAGUCUGUCGCAGUGUGUCUUUUUGGUUGAUGUACAUGAAAAAAUACAGUCUUAUGCAGAUAUAGUGUGGGAAUAAAGAAGAGUAUUUUAACAGUCUUUCAGAUUAUUUCUGGAUAUUCUUCUUUGAUAUAACAUUCUUGACAAGUGGUAAUUUCUUAAAGACUAGUUGUAGUGUAGAAUCUGAAACCAUAUUGGUGAACUUUUAAGAUAUUCUGUUACGUUAAAAUACAUUUCUAUCUCAUAUUUUCAAUGUAUCUUUUACCAAUGCAUGAUUUUGUGGCAUCAGGCAUUGGUCAUUUUGAAAAUAUUUGUUCACUGAAGUUAAACAGAUCUUCCAAAAGUCAAUACAUUUCAUUAUAUAAUAAUAAAAAAGUCAAAUUUGUUCAUAUUUCUACUAGCUUCAUCAGGAAAGUCUUGAAGUAUUGGGAAGCUGUCAAGUUCAUGAUAGAGGAUUCAAGUUUUAUAAAAUUAAAAUUUUUUCCUAAAAGCUCAUUUUAGGAAUGGCAAUAAAUACUGUCAGUUGUUCUCUUUGAAGUGAUAGGCUCAUUUUGUUCAUGAAAAUGUCCACUAUAUAAUCGUGUAUGAUUAACCAUAGUUUGUCAAUUGUUAUUGAAAGUAAAAAUGAUGUUCGAUAGAAAAAAGUCAAGUUCAACUUGAAAUUCAAUAAUACAAAUGCUUUUCCUUAAAGUAGUAAAAGUCCUUUAAGUGUACUUCCGUUUUGGUCACGUAACAUAAUAAAAUAUCAUCUGCU